CUUGCGCAAAUCUUCAAAAACAACAACAACAACAACAAUGCAUAGUUCCUGCUGAGAAGCGUUUAUUUAAGUAUUUGUAUUAGUAUUAGUGCAAUGCAUGUGCGUGUGCUUCUAACUGCAGCUGACGCAGCUAGCAACAACAACAACAAUAACAAUGGGAAGGAAACCUAACACUGUGAAGACGCUACAAUAAAAAGUGUAUACCAACAACAACAACAACAAAAGCCCAGCACCAACCCACUCCUGCUCCCGCUCCCGCUCCCUUAGUUAGCUCAAUUCGCACACACGCCCAAUAGCAACAUUCGUCGUCCCCUGUAGGCAUCAUGGAGCGCAUGUGGCGCAAAGUCAACCACAGCCUGCGCAACAACAAAUCUCACGCCCAGCGCACUGAAUUAACGCAGUCUAACGGUACUGCUGGCAACGCUGGCGCCGCUGGCACUGGCGCCGCCGCCGUCACACCCCAAUCCAGCGACACUAUUAGCUCAGCGGGUGGCUUCGGCUUUGGCUUUGGAGAUCCACAGCUAGUGGUUGCCGCUGUCAAUGUGCCAGCCACAUCUUCCUCCGUGGGCGGCAGCAAUGCCACUGGACGUCGCUUGGCCAGCAGCGGUCAGUCCGUUACUUUAGCCAGCAGCGCCGGCGGCAAAUCUCUCAGCCAGCAUGUGCUGCAAACGCGCACCGCCUCAUCGGAGCGACGACGUCGACGGCGACGCAAGAGUCGACCGCGACGCAGCGGCGGCUUGAGUGUGACCAGCUGUGUGGGCGAUAAUGGCGGCGAUAAUAUGUCCAGCUCUGGUGGCUUCUAUACGCUCAAGGAGCAUCAUCAGCACUAUAGACAUGCUCAUCAUGGUAGCGGCGGCGGCGGCGGCAUCGCUGCUGGUGGCGGAGGCGCCACUGGCUAUGGCUCGCAUCGUCUAUUUGCUAGCUCAGCGCCCAGCGGCACCGUUAUGAUGUAUCCGAAUGUGCAGCGCGCACAAGCGGCACAAGCUGCAGCUGGAGCAGUUGGCACGCAGACAGCGUCGGCGGUGGCGCCACCAGCGCCGGAUAUUUCGUUGCGGCAGCGUGCGGUGGCAAAGCUGCGCAUGUUUAACUUCCAUCUCAACUGGGAUCUACAGAUGACGCACUGCAAGCCUUGCGGGCCACGUUUAAGUGGCAGUGGUAAUAUAAUUACGCGUCGCCUUUGCCGCAAUCGUCGACGCGAGGACAACGAGCUCUAUCGCUCCAAUAGCUUCAAGUUCGAGCGUUUUGAGCGCAAGGAAUGCCUCGAGGAGCUUUCGAAUACAUUGCAGAAACAGAUUGCCAUCUGUGAUGAUUACAGCCUGCCUGUAGAUUUUGUUAAGAAACGACCGUCCAGUUUCGAUCCCUGCCUAGCGGAGGCAAUACCAACGAAUCCGGAGCAUUGGAUAGCGCCAAGUCCACAAACUGAAUUUAGCAGCAGCGCCGCCGCCUGCAACGUUGCCGCCCAACAACAACAACAGCAGCAGCAGCAACAGCAACAAAACAUAAGCAACAAUAACAACAACAACAACAACAACAACAACAGCUGCAGCCUUAGCAACCAGCAGCAGCCGCAAGCGCAACACAACAACAACACAUUGCCCGCUGUGCCACAGCAACAGGCAGCGCCACAGCAACGUGCCACCUUGCAACAUCCGCCGCUGCCGCACAGCAACAUCAAACAGGCGUGCGUCAAACUCAUCGAGGGCUACUCGGAUCCAAAGGAUACGCGCCACGCUCAUCCGCAUCCACAUCCACAUAGCCACGCACAUGGUCACGCCCACGUGCAGCAUAAGAAAGUUUAUCACAAGAAGGCCAAACGUCGCAGCAACAGCAGCGGCCACAGCAAGCGGCAGCAACAGACGCUGCCAACGCCACGCGGCCAACAGCAGCAGCAGCAGCAGCAGCAACAGUUGCAGCUGCACAAGUUGCACUCGCAGCAGCGACACUCGAGCUACAACAACAACAACGCCGCCGCACAGUCGAACAACAAAGCUAAACGCAGCUCGCAAUAUAAUUCAGAUUCUUCGGCGCCCAAAUCCUCGGACGAGGAAGCGGACAUAGAUGAGGAAGUAGAGCGUACUGUAGUCCACACAGCUGCAGCAGCAGCAGCAUCGGCAGCAACUGUUGCCAACCAGCCCGUUGCACUAUUAAAUUCCCCGGACAGCAUCUCGGAUGAUCUGGUGCGUCCAUUGCCGCCGCAGCUGCAGCGCAGUCCACGCAAAUUAAUUGCAACCCUAACGGAGCACAGCAAGCGCCAGCCCUCACCCUAUUACUACUCCGAUCUGCUCAAGAGUCGUGACAAGGACAAGGACAAGCAGCUAGAGGCGACACUAGAGCGUGAGACAAAGCAGCGCAGUCGCCAGUCAACGGCCAGUGAGCCGCCAGCGCAGCCAUCGGCAGCGGGAGCAGUGGGUUAUCGUAAGAGCAGCAGCUUGGAUGCGCCACAACUGCCAGAACUAGAGCUUGGACUGGGAUCUGUGCUAACAGAACAGCAAGCAGCAGCAGCGGGCGAGGAGGAGGAGCAGCAGCAGCAGCAGCAGGAGGACGACGAGGAGCGCGAUAACAAGCGCUACAGCUUCACCGAGGACGGAGUUCGGAUCAUACGCUGCGAGUGCGAAACGCCAAGCACCAGCACCUCGGAGGAGUCCGACUGCAGCGAGUGCAUCAAGCGCCGCCAGUGGCAUGCCCGUGCCUUGGCCCUAGUCCGCAAGACUUGCAACGUUCAGCCACGCCCACAGGCCUUGCCGCCUCACAUCAGCAGUGGUGAAUUGCAGCUGCAGUUGCAGCACUGCGACGCCGGCGAGGGUGAACUGCUCAAGAGCUGCCCCCCAGCACCAGCUGAAACGGAAGUGGGAGAAGAAGUCGUCGGACUGGGAUUGGGAUUAGGAUUGGGAGUGGCAGAAGGUGAGAGAGGAGUGGGAGGAGCAGCAGCGUGUGAUAGAGAGGAAGAGUCGAUGCCGCCGCACCGCCUGCUUGGGCCAGCAGCCGUGUGCGGAGCCUGCAUACCCACGCUACCCAAAUUGGGCAAUGAGCAGGAUUUGGAUGCGGAGCACGAGCAGCUGGAAGAUUACUUUCGUCCACGCAGCAUCUUCUAUGUCCAUGCGCAUGGAUUGCAUGAAUGCAGCGAAUGCAAACCGCCACCGCCGCCGCCACCAGCAACAUCAGCAGCAGCAGCAACAGCAGCAGCAUCAACGUUAGUUGGUCAGGAGUUGGAGUUGGAAGACUCGGAUUCAGAUAACAUGGCGAGUCGACGCCGCCAGUUGUAUGAGACGGCCUUUGACUGCAAGAUUGCCAAGUCAGAUGACGAUCUCGAUGAUAUCGAUCGCAUCUCGAAGCAUACGCUGCUCCUGCAGCUCAAUGGCAAUGCCAGUGCCGCCAGUGCCGCCAAUGCCAAUGGCAAUGAAGUGAAGCGAGCCAAGAACAACAAGAAUCAAGCGCUGCAGCAGCAACACGAUGCCCAGGAGCAGCAGCAGCAGCAACAAGUCGAUAACCAAAACCAGAAUCAGCAGCAACAGCAGCAACAAGCAGCUGGCACAACAACAACAACAACAGUUGCUCUCGUGCAGCAGCAGCAGCAGCAACAGUUGCCGUCGCGCGUUUACACGCCCUCGCCGCCAUCGACGGCACCGCUGCCCAUGAAAUUUCCAGGCAAACACGAUCGUUUGCUCAUGAACAGCAUCAAAAGUGCGCCCAAUUUGCCAGCAGCGCAGCCAGCGCAUCCGCGACUGCGCGAUCUGCGUUUGCCCUUGGGCAACAUGCGACAUCAGCAGCAGCAGCAGCAACAGUUGCAGCUCUGCGCCAGCAGCAAUGACAACAGUCUCACCGACAGCGCCUAUGUGAAUCCCCCCUCCAGCAAUUCCGCCGCCUCUGUAUCGGCCUCUGCUUCAGUCUCCGCCUCGGUGAGCGGCGCUGGCGUAGCCGCUGUUGCUCCACGCCGACCACGCAGCUUUGUGCUUGAGUCCGGACGCGUGCUGGAGCUGCGACGCAGUGCGCGUCAACAGCAGCAGCAUCAGCAUCAUGGACAGCAGCAACAUGGACAGCAGCAGCAGCAGCAGCAUAGCCAUAGCCAUAGACGUGCCACGCGCGGUGGCACUUACAGCUCCACCGAGAGCAUUGCCACCUCCAGCAGCGGGGGCAGCAUGGAAUCAUUGCGCUCCAGCACCAGUGAGGGCAAUCGCAGCACCUCCAGCUGCGAAUCGCGUCACUCCAGCUCGCUCAGCUCACACAGCUCCGAGAGCGGCAACAACAGCGCCAGCGGCAGCAACAGCAACAGCUCCAGCCUGGCCUUUCCACUGCGUGCGCCGCAGCUGUUGCACUCCAAGCUGCACAUACUCAGCCCCAUAUCGGACAAGUCCUCGCAGGAGCCAGCCUCCGAGCAGUCGGCACAGCAGCCCAUAGAUGGGGCCACCAGCAGCAGCAGCAAUCAGCAGCACUUCAUUGGCGAUGCCCAGCAGCAGCUGACCAGAGGCGCCGGCGGAGGCGCCACUGUAGCAGGUCGAGCACCCAACAAGGCGCUGCUGCAGCUGGCCGACGAGCUGCUCGGCUCGGACAGCGGCAUCUCGUUACAUUCACGUGAGGAUGGCAAACCGCAGGCGUCGUCCUCAUUGGCUCUGCAGCGUUUGACGUUGCCAAAGCUGCAGUUGACCAGCCAUGAUGCAGUGAAGCAGGAUGCCAAUGGUGCUGCUGGCAGCACAGCAGCAACACUAACUGCAGCUGGAGCUGGAGCUGGAGCAGCUGCAGCAGCUGGUGGAGCCACAACUACAGCAAAUGCGCUGGCGCAAGAGCUGCGCGAUUUGCCCUUUGACAUGCCCAAGCUGCGACGACGCAAGACGCUGCUGCAGCAGCAAGAAGCUGCCUGCACCUCGGGCAGCGCCACCAGCGUGGAUCUGGGCGAGCUGCCCUUCGACAUGCCCAAGCUGCGACGACGACUGCGCGCCAAUCAAGCCGAGAUCAACAAUCUGAUGCACAUGCAUAGCACCGAGUCCAGCGGCAUCUCGCAGGCAUCCUCCAGUCAUUCGAUGCGUGGUGAUGAGCACAAGCUAAACAGCAAGCUGGACACCGCCCUGUUCCGGCAGAAUCUGACGCUAAAUCUCAACGAGCCGCGACAGACGAGCAAACAGUUUGGCAGCUUGGACUUGCGCGGCCUGAGCAGCCACAAGGAGCUGAACAUGAGUCUGGGCCAGGGCUAUGUAACAGCUGUGGAUCUUAUUGAUGUGGCCAUACCACUGGAGCGCCAAGGCUGGUACCAUGGCGCCAUUACACGCGUCGAGGCAGAGACAACGCUGCGUCCCUUGGCCGAAGGAUCAUUUCUAGUGCGCAAUUGUGAAUCCACCAAGCAGGACUAUUCGCUGUCGCUCAAAGGCGCCAAAGGAUUUAUGCACAUGCGCAUACAACGCAACGAAUCGGGGCAAUAUAUACUUGGACAAUUCAGUCGUCCCUUCGACACAGUGCCGGAGAUGAUAAGACACUUUUGCUUGAAUCGCCUGCCAGUGCGUGGAGCGGAGCACAUGUGUCUCAUCGAGCCCGUCAUAGCCCAGCUGCUGUAGAGAUGCUGCACCCUCCACUUUACCCUCCAAACGACACUCACACACUGUUAAGUUGUUGACAAACAGAACAAAUCGUAUAAGCGAUAACACACACACACACAUAUAUAUAUAUUUCGUAUAAUGUUAACUGUAGCGACAUGUGCGAGCCACUAGUCUAUAGUAUAUAGUUAUCUAUAUAUCAACGUAACUAUUUUCAAUUUAUUUUUCACACACGCACGAAUUAGUUUAGUAAAGUACUUAGCACUUUCUCAGACAAUACGUAAACUCACACAGAUACAGUCUACAUCUGAUGAUAUAUAUGUAUGCAUAUAUAAAACAAACUAAC